AUGGAUUGUUUGAAAAAAGAAAAUAAAAGAUUAUUUCGAUUCCUAUAUAACUCUUAUGUAUCAGAAUAUGAUUUUUUCUUGUUGUUUCUUCGUAAACAAUCUUCUUGCUUACGAUUAACAUCUUCUGGAACCUUUCUGGAACGAAUCCACUUUUCUAGGAAGAUGGAACAUUUUGGGGUAAUGUACCCAGGGUUUUUUCAGAAAACCAUAUGGUUCUUUAUGGAUCCUCUUAUGCAUUAUGCUCGAUAUCAAGGAAAGGCAAUUCUUGCAUCAAAAGGAACUCUUCUUUUGAAGAAGAAAUGGAAAUCUUACCUUGUCAAUUUCUCGCAAUAUUUUUUCUCUUUUUGGACUCAACCGCAAAGGAUCCGUAUAAACCAAUUAACAAACUCUUGCUUCGAUUUUCUGGGGUACCUUUCAAGUGUACCAAUAAAUACCUUGUUAGUAAGGAAUCAAAUACUGGAGAAUUCUUUUCUAAUAGAUACUCGAAUGAAAAAUUUCAAUACUAUAGUCCCCGCUACUCCCCUCAUUGGAUCCUUAUCAAAAGCUCAAUUUUGUACUGGAUCGGGGCAUCCUAUUAGUAAACCCGUUUGGACCGAUUUAUCAUAUUGGGAUAUUCUUGAUCGCUUUGGUCGGAUAUGUAGAAAUCUUUUCCAUUAUCAUAGUGGAUCGUCGAAAAAACGGACUUUGUAUCGACUAAAAUAUAUACUUCGACUUUCAUGUGCUAGAACUUUAGCUCGUAAACAUAAAAGUACGGUACGAACUUUUAUGCAACGAUUGGGUUCGGUAUUUUUAGAAGAAUUUUUUACGGAAGAAGAGCAAGUUUUUUCUUUGAUGUUCACCAAAACAACUCACUUUUCUUUCCAUGGAUCACACAGUGAGCAUAUGGCGGACCCUGUGACCCCUGAGCUUCUAGACCCUGCAGUGGACAAGAAGCAUCGCAGCUUCUUGUCCGCCGAGCACUAG